AGUUUCCAGGAGCCGCUAUUGCCAUAUCUACCUCGCUGAUCCGUGAUGCAGCGCUGAAAGAACGCCGUGUUUUGCUUUGAGCAAGCAUUCUUUCAGGAUUCAGACACGUUAUGUUGUUACUGUGAUGACGAACAGUCGUGUAAAAUCGUGAUUCUUGCUAGAUUAUGACGGCGCGCACUUGUCUCAAUGUGAGAACCUGUCACUCCAGCAGCAGUCUGGGAGCCGGGCAUCCCCUUCCCCUUCUCGACGCAGUCAUCUCAGUAGCGCGGUGGACUGUGGCUUGUAAGGUCUUACCGUGCGUGCGGACCUUCGUACUCGCGGCGCCUCUGGAUACUCCAGUUUUCGCCAUGAUCAAGCUGCUGCAGGCGGGUGCCGUCCCUUUCGGCUUCGCCUCUGACAUGAGUGACGUUAACUCUCCUUACCACCGCAGGGACUGCCUCCACGCCCUUCAGAUGAACUGGCGCCACGACCACCGACCGCAAGCGGACGGGUUCAGGCUGCUGCCGGACAUCAUCACGAGCAACACGCCGCCGCCGUCACCCCUGCCGCGAUCACAUUCCUGCCUCACCUUUUUCCCCGAGAAGACUCAGAGACAGACAUCCCUCGCCGCCCCAGCCUCAUCCAGCAUCCUGCACGGGAGUGAUGUGGACGAGGAGGCGAGGCUGAGUCACGUCCUUGAGGUGCGGCGCCACGUGCACAGCGACGCCCCCUCCACCUCCACCGCUCACUUGCCCCACUUGACAUGGGUUCUCCCCCACCUCCCCAGUUCCUCCCGCGUCCCAGCAAACGAUGGAGAGGUGGGACGCCGGAGAGGAAGGGAGGAAGAUGGCGAGAAGCAGAGGCUGUGGCGGCAAAUUGGCGGAGACUUACGCAAGAUGGCUGAUCAGUUUGAGGUGUCCUCCAAGAGCAGUGCAGAGGUUGCCGUGCUCCCCAGCAGCCUGCCAGUCAUGCUCACUAGGUGUGUGGCUGGCACGCUUCUCUGCCUCGUGUGGUGGAGACUGUACCACUGCUAUUGCUGAUUUCACGGCGGGACGUCCUGGGUGAGACGCCUCCCGAGACCCACGUGACCUAAACUGACCAGCGUCCCUCGGCACCUGCAGCAAGGACAGACAUCACUGGCGGCCGCUGGUCUCUCAGUCGCGACACGUUUGGUCUCCACGCCUUGGAUGCUUUACUGCUUCGCUUCAAACACUGUUCACGGCAUGGAGUGGACAUUUCCACACGUAGGGGUCCGAGUGGCGCCUACCAAUGGCUUCCUGUGUGUCCCAGCGGCCGCGUGUCUUGCGUCAGUCCCCGCUUGGCACCUCAGGAACACGUGGGGACGCGGGCACAUUGAGCCAAAACCUUGCUGCUCUCCUAGCGUAGUGCACCUAGAGGCUAAGACUGUUCUUAGUUAAGUCCCUUGCGUCGGGCGUCCACAUCCUCGUGUUUGUUUCAUCCCGCCCGUCUCACUCAACUCACUGCCCACUGUCUUUCACUACGGAUGGAAGCCUGAAGAACACUCGCCAGCAAAGGAUGGAGAAAUGAUCAGCAAUAUUCGGUAUAAGCUCACGAAUUGAAAGCCCAAAAAAGACUCGUGUCCGCACUAGUGUUACAAGUGCACACGAUGCUCGAGGAACUGUUCACGUUUCUUCAUCCUAACGGGUGUUGUGAUUGGUUUAGGUUAUCAUUUUUCAUAUUUUUACCCUGAGUGUUUGUCGGAAUAAUUAGCAAGUCAAGGAGACUUAGCUUGUCCUGAAAGGGUGAAAUUGUUUUUUUGUCACGUGCAGGGCCAGUCAAGGUCACCCACUGAAACCUGACCUGGGCUGUCCCCAACCCUCUUUCCUUCCCCCUCUCCCAGGCCCCCGGGAGCACUGCAUGGCCGGGUCAGGGGGUGCAGGGGCGCUAUGAUCUCACUAGCCUUAAGUUCCACGUUUCUCGCUCAGUAAUGGACUACCAGUCUUUCAGGGGCGCGUUCUCUGUCCCCAAGUACUUUUAAGAGGAGGCGGAAGUGUUCCCUAAUUAAUGUCAGUGUCUUUCAAGGUAGGUGUAAGGUGAAGUGUGGGGAGUGACCUCCCCUUUCCCCUGCAGCCUCGUCCCUCGGCAUGUCGGGCGGAGCAGUAACUUAAGUGGUGUUGUGCUUCGGUCUGUCUGGGAGGGACUGGCUGGUUGGGUGACUGGGAGUGAUCCACGUCACACCAGGAGCACAACACUGGGUGCAGUUCUCCGACGGUUCGUAUGAUGGGCCGCGAACACAUGUCCUGUUUUGAUGUUUAUGUUGCUUUAUUUGAUUUUUUUUAUUGAUCCAUAUUUUGUUUUUUAUUUCCUUAUUUUUGUGUAUGUGUGUUUACCUAGCACGAGGAAGUAUAUAAAAACACUCAUGUUUCAUACAAUUACAAAUACUUUUCCGUGGAGGAGCUUUGUUUGUGGUUGAUGUGAACCCACAGCGUGGCGGUGUGGCCCCACGCCCCAGCCUGGCUAGGUGUAUCUUUAUAUCUCAGUGCGUCACUAGUUUCUUGACAGUCAUUCAACACCUCAUUAUUUAAUCAUAUUCUGCGGAGCACCGGUUAUCGAGGCAGGAACGGCACGCUUGAGCUCUGCGUCAUGGAGGAAGGCUGGCCACACCUGCCGCAGCUCUGUAGGCCACUGUAGAGGCGACCAAUCAAUCCACGUCUCCGCGACAGCAACACCUACAGGCUGAAAGGUCCCCAAGCCUCCCACUUCGGCCCCAGUGCUCCACUCGACCCGGCUUUCCUACAUUCGGGUCACAUCCCAGAGGCUCAGCACUACGAAGAUAACUUCAGUCUUUUCCCACCUGUGAUGAGGGAGAGGACCGAGGGAGAAGUGACCUUAACUAACACGGUCAUAUAGGACCUGUAGCUGCUUCACUGGUGCCAUCUCAAGACAUGACAGAAAGACAUUCAGUAAGACAUCAUAAGACAUUCAACAAGACAUUCAUCAUCACACAAAUCAGUCUUACGUUAGUCAGCCAUCAGUCUAGUCAGAGCUGCUCCUCGGGGUAACUGCGAGAAGUGUGUCACUUCAACUUUAUAGUCUUUUGAAGUAGUAGAGGUGCGGCGCAGAAGCGUUUCAGAAUGUGGUCCCAGGUCUUGGCAGGUAUGGGCUACAGACACCUGGCCGUAUUCCACCUUAUUUCUUAGCAACGUGCCAUUAUUGAAGGAAAUUAUUUUAUCAUGAAAAAAGACGUUUUCAUUUUUUUCCUCCACCUGAGCGACGACGACCUCUGCAUGGUAGUCCCACGGAACUUUUUUUUUUUUACGACCUUGCUCAUAUAUUUUCCAGUGAUCUAAUUUUUUGUACGAUAUUUUAGGAGAUAGCUGAAUAAAAGAUUAAGCUA